UCUCCUUCUCCUUCUUCUUCUACUCCUAUUCCUUCUUCAUCUACUUUUUCUCCUUUUUCUUCUCCUACUCCAUCUCCUUCUCAUUCUCCUUCUCCUUCUCCUUCUUCUUCUCCUUCUCCUCAUUCUUCUCCUUCUCCUACUCCUACUCCUACUCCUUCUCCUACUCCUACUCCUACUCCUUCUCCUACACCUUCUACUCCUUCUCCUUCUUCUCAUUCUCCUACUCCUUCUCCUUCUCUUUCUCCUUCUAUUUCUCCUUCAUCUUCUCCUUCUCCAUCUUCUUCUCCUUCUCUUUCUCCUUCUCCCUUUCAUUCUCCCUUUCCUUCUCCUUCUCCUUCUCAUUCUCAUGCCAUGGCUAAUAGGAGGAGGAGAAACACUGUUGGAGCUGAUAAUAUCGCUCAGGCCAUCCAUCACAUGGUGGACGCGAUGCAACCUAUUGCAGCUCAACCUAAAGCCGUGGUGACACCUGUUCGCCCUGUAAUGAUGGAGGACUUUAUGAGGCAUAAGCCCACAAAAUCUUUGGUAAAUCCAUCCUUGAUGAAGUAG